AUGUCGCUCAAGCAGGAGAUAGAGACUUGGGUCGAGGCCCUAAAUCACUAUGACAACCAGGAGUUCGAGGAGGCCCUGGUGACGUUCGAUACGAUAGCAGAUACUUCGAAAAUCCUCUUCAACUGUGGUGUAAUUCAUGCAACCAUCGGCGAGCAUGAUCGAGCGGUGGAAUGCUAUCAACGCGCGAUCAAGCUCGACCAGUACUUAGCCGUCGCCUACUUUCAGCAAGGCGUGUCAAAUUUCCUCGUUGGUGACUUUGAAGAAGCAUUGGCCAACUUCAACGACACCCUGUUGUACCUGAGGGGGAACACCUACAUCGACUAUGAACAAUUGGGUCUAAAGUUCAAACUGUACUCUUGUGAAGUCCUGUUCAACCGAGGCCUCUGCUACAUGUACCUUCAACAAGAAGAAUCUGGUUUGCAAGAUUUCAGCUUCGCCCAGAAAGAAAAGAUGACUCCAGACCACGACGUGAUCGACGAUGCCAUAAAGGAGAGAGCUGCAGGUUACGUCGUCUUCAGCAUACCGGUCGGCUGCAUAUACAGACCAAACGAAGCGAAAGUCAAGAACCUCAAGGCUAAAGAUUAUCUGGGCAAGGCUCGUCUCAUCGCCACCUCGAAUAGUCAAAACACUGGGACGGGAUUUUCAGGCUUGGAGAAGAGACAGGCUAUUGCCACUGAGUUGGCGGCCAAGGAUGACCGACCUCCUGAGAACAUCAGCUACGCUGCAACCAACCUCGUGCAACGCAACAUAUCGAGCAGGCAACCCAGAGAUCGAGAUCAGAGUGCUCCUCCAGUGAUGAACAGAAAUGUUUUCCCGCCCACACCUCCACCAGAGAAUGAAAAACCCAGGGUGACGAGCGGCGGGUCGGCGACUUUGCCACUGCGGACGACAUCUUUGCGCAAUCCCCGAAAUGUUCCGAGUCCCAAAGCUGGACCGGAUCAACCUAGGCCCGGUAUGCUGGGACGCUCAGCAACGUUUGACGUCGGCCGGAAUCCCGCUCCUGCUAAGAGCAGAAUGGCACCGCGGGAGAACUCUUGGUCCGAAGAACCGGUGCUAGUGGAGCGCCCGUCACCUCAGAUGGAUCGAUCACGGUACGGAACCCAAAGGACGGCAUCGGAACCACGUGGACCAGCUACCAGGCGUCAAGUGAUGGACAGGUCUCUUUCACAGCGAGCCCCAGCACCCCUGUUCCGGGAGACUGUCGAGUCACGAUAUGAGGAGACUGUCGAUGCUGUCGAUGAUGUCUACCGGAUGUACGCUAGUCCAAGGAGACGACCCGGGCGACCAGAACAACAAGCAUAUUUUAACGAAGAAGACGAGUUUGUCGAGGAAGAAGACAUGAGUGAGGGAAUGAGUGGGUUUGAGCCCGUCCGCAGGCCAACGUCGAGAUCCGGGCGAGGGAGCAACCGGCCAGAGAUGCGCAAGAUCCGGGUCAAGUGCCACUUCAACGAAGACACGAGGUAUCUAAUGAUCGGCGCGGUGAUUGAUUUUGGCGAUUUCGAGAGCAAGAUUCGAGAGAAAUUCAGCAUCAAAGAUCCAAUGAAGAUUAGGAUGCAAGAUGACGGUGACAUGAUAACCAUGGGCGACCAAGAUGACCUGGAGAUGUUGCUCAGUAGUGUGCGCAACCAAGCCAGGAAGGAAAGAAAUGAGAUGGGAAAGAUGGAAGUCUGGAUUUCUUCGUCGAGGCUAAGUUCCAUGUCCUAG